GGCGCAGAGGGAGGGUUCGGACCGAGGAGGGGACGCCAGCGCCGGACGGCAGGACGAUGUACGAGAGGCGGAGGAAGAAGCGGGGGUCCGACCAGACCCCGAAACCAGAGGCCGCAGCCAGCCCGGGCGCGGGCGUGCUCCUGAAGGUGAACCGGACCCUGCUGUCCCGAUGCCGACUGCUGUGGAAACCACAGGCCCCGGGCACCACAGGAACCUCGAUGACGCAGAGGGACCGUAACCCGGCGGAGACGCCAGAUCCCAGUGCGGUGAGGCAGGAACCAGAGACCAACGCCUCGGACGGAGGGGAUGUCAAACCUCAACAGGAGCAGAAGUCGCUGAUGUCGGAGGGCGGAGCGGUCGGGGCCGGCGACCCCGGGCCGGGGUCAGGGGUCCUAAGGCCGAUAGGACCUCCCGGCGGCGAGGAGGAGGAGACGGAGGGCGGGGAGCGGGCCGUUGGGCAGUGGGUCCCCCUCCGCCGGUCGUCACGGUUACGGGCCUCCAUCCGCUCCCACUCGGCGUUCCGGAGGCACAGCUGGGAGCCGGGGCGCGUGCUGAGGCCAGAGGAGGUCAUGGAGCAGGAGCACAGCAUCAGCCUGGAGGACCUGGAGGGCGGGGCCAUGGCGGCCGCACGCACAACAGGAUUGGCCAGGCCCUGGGGUCGCGACCCCCGCCGCACCCCGGUCACCUUCAGCACCGGCGAGCUGGACACAUGGCUGUCACUGACCGAGGAGGAGCCCGAGGAGGAGGAGUGGGCAGGGCUCGGGAAUUACUGGACCCGCUCGAUGUCCGGGGACGACGUGUCGUUGGACGGGACGUCCUACCACCAGGGGAGACCGGACGAAGAGGUCCUGUCCCACAGACACGGCAGCGGGACCGGCAGCCGGGGAGAGUCCGGGGAGAGCCACGACCUGGAAGCCAGCCGCAGACACAAGAUCCACCGCACCAUCAGCUUCCUGAGGAGGGUGGCCGGCAGGAGUAAGAACAAAGAGCGGGAGAAGCUGAAGGAGCGGGAGAAAGAGGCCAAGGAGAGGGAGACCAGGAUCACCAAUGGGCACCUCUUCACCUCCAUCACCGUGUCCGGCAACACCCUGUGCUUUGCCUGUAACAAGAGCAUCAUCACCAAGGAGGCCUUCGUCUGUCCCAACCUCUGUAAGGUCUCUCCUGGGUUCUGGUGGGAACAAAGUUCUGCGGUCUUACAACCACAGCCCUCCCCUUCCAGCCCACAUCCUCUUGAACCUCUCCCGAGCUGUCUCCGUGACACCCGCACCCUUCCUAUGACGGAUGCGCUCUCCCCGCCCUGCAGCCGAGCUCUCCCCAGUUCCGAGAGGGCUUCAGCCCAGCCCCCGGGGAAGUCAGACGGCCGAGCUGGUAUCCUGCCCUGUUCUGGUCCCCAGCGCCCCCCACUCCCCCUUCCCAUCCCACCACUGGACAAGCGGGGAUCAUCCGUGGAAAAUAGUGGGAACGUUCCCUGA